ACUAGGCAGAUAGUCUAUUUUUCAAAGAGAAACGAAAGCUGCCUUGCAAAAAGUGAUUUGGAGAGGUAUAAACAAGGGGUCAUAGGUACUUUUACUUUUGUGGUGUUUAAACUCUGAAUUUGUGUGAACGUAUCUUUUGAGUUUUUAACCACCCCACAUGACCUUUGUGAUUUUCAGGUGCUACUCGUGAGCAGCAGUCGCUAUCCAGACCGGUGGAUUGUCCCUGGAGGAGGCAUGGAGCCUGAGGAGGAGCCGAGCGUGGCAGCAGUUCGUGAAGUCUGCGAGGAGGCUGGAGUAAAAGGGACAUUGGGAAGAUUAGUUGGAAUUUUUGAGAACCAGGAGAGGAAGCACAGAACAUACGUCUAUGUGCUCGUUGUCACAGAGGUGCUGGAAGACUGGGAAGACUCAGUUAGCAUUGGCAGGAAGAGGGAGUGGUUUCGGGUGGACGACGCCGUCAGAGUGCUGCAGUACCACAAGCCGGUGCAGGCGUCCUAUUUUGAGACGUUGCGACAAGGCUACUCUGCCAACAAUGGCACCCCAGUCGUGGCUUCCACAUACUCGGUUUCUUCGCAGAGCUCCUCCACGUCGGGCAUCAGAUGACUGAAGACCUGGAAGAAGGUGGAAAUUGGAAACUAGACUGAAGUGCAGACCUUCCCUCUCACCCUUGCUCUUCUCCCCUCUCCUCACAGGCCUCCUCUCUCAAAUAAGGCAGGAUGGCAGCAGAGAAAGGGCUCAUGGAUAUGUUGCUGUUUGGCGUUAAGUGGUGGGGCUUUUCUUCUGUUUUAUUGAGGGGGAUGUGAUUUGUAAGUACUUCUGUGCAUGAUCUCUCCCUCCCUGUUCACACCCCCUACGCUCUCUAAAAAGAGGCAGACGCCUUCCUCUGCCUUGUAUCCUAAAAACUCCUGUCUGUCAUCCUAGCCCUGGCCAGACUUUUUUCUUUGAUUUUUAAAUUUUUUUUAUUAAAAGAUACCAAUACAAGAUGAAACCUUUCAAGAAUGUGUUCUAUAAUGUGCUAUUUGGCCCAGUGGGUUGGUCCCUUUCACUACAGGGUACAUUUAUCUACACAUUAUAUACUGGGCAUAUAAUAUGUAAAUAAAUGACUUUUAGAAGAGGAAACUUUAAAUUUUUGAAGGUUUUGUUUUUUAAUUUGGGGCAUUUCUGAAACAGAGCCUCACAAUUUGUUUUUCUCUCAAUGCUAGUGGCUGGGUCAGCUCACUGUCCUCCCCAGUGGUGACUGCAGUCGUGUGGGGCUGGGAAGAGUGCAGCGACCGUCACAGUGCCCUGGACUCGUGGCCUCUCCCCGCAGCUGUUUCUAGGCCAAGAAAACCAGGAAGAAACCUAGUUCCUUUUUAUUACCAAGCCAGUAGCAAAUGGCCCCAGUUCAGAUCUGGAGAAACGAUAGAAAUUUAAUUCCUCCCUACAUGUUGACAAUAGGGUUUGAACUGGGUUCUUGGGAUUACUUUCUAAAAAACUGGAGCAUCGAGCACUGUUCCUGUCCUGCUGGUUUGGAAUUUUUUCCAUAAUGCUACUGCCCCCCGACAGCAGCCUCCCUCCUUGUGUGUACAUGCCUUACAGCGUGCCGAACUGGACCUUGACCAUGUGCACUGAAGCGGCCAACUGUCCUUGACAGGUGUAGCUGUGCAGUCCUUUCCCCAGCCUGGGUAACCUGCUAAGUUCAAGAACGUAGGCAGGCAGGAAAUCCAGGUGUUUGCUUGUCUUUGUAAUGUUACAGCACUUCUAAGUGCACCAUGAGCAUGCCCAGGGAUACUGAACGUGUCUCCCACUGGGGUGUGAAAGGCUGCUUCCGGUGGGGAGUGAGGGAUCUGGCAGGACGCUGAUCACUUAGGAGAACAGCUACUUGAUGCAUUGGCUCCCCGCACACUGUCGUGUUGGGUUUUGAUACCGGUUUCAUGCUGGCUUCAUUUGCCAAUUGUGCUGUCUAGUUGGGAAGUAAGGGUCUUAAAAUCGGGGUGGGCUGGGGAGGGCGCUGGUCAAUCCCUGGCUUGGGAAAGGAGCUGUUGCUAUACCCUUAGUAGCAUCUCCUUUGUCAAAACAUAGCCAAGAUGUGAAAAUUAAUAUCAUAGUUCUCUUUAUUUAAAAAUUCUAAUAAAUACUCAAACUUUGAAAAGCUUUGCUCUUCCCUCCCACUAAAAGAACGUAUAUACCUGG